AUGUCUGACAAUUCGGUUGUUGCCGAGUGUCCACAGGAAAGGGCUGAAAAUGUGGGUAUUUUGGGGAUUGAUAUAUACUUCCCCAACGCAUAUGUCGAUCAGACAGACCUCGAAAAGUUCAAUGGAGUUCCCGAAGGCAAGUAUACCAUAGGCUUAGGUCAACUCCAAAUGGCUUUUUGUUCGGACAGGGAGGACAUACACUCCAUAUGUCUGUCGGUCACCAAAUCACUGAUGGAUAAGUACUCGAUAUCACCCAAAGAGGUUGGAUUUUUGGCGGUCGGAACCGAGACUUCGAUAGAUAAGUCGAAAAGUGUGAAAACAGUUUUAAUGGAUCUGUUCUUCGAGUCGGGAAAUACAGACAUUGAGGGCAUUCAGUCCACUAAUGCCUGCUAUGGAGGCACUGACUGUCUGUAUGCGAUCGUUGUGGCCGCUGAUAUAGCUAUCUAUGCCAGCGGACCGGCCAGACCUACGGGUUGUUGUGGAGCGGUAGCUAUGCUGCUAGGCCCUAACGGCGCCGUAAUGUUUGAGCCGAGGCUCAGGGCCACACAUAUGGCACAUGUGUAUGACUUUUACAAACCUAAUCUGAGUUCCGAGUACCCGAUAGUGGACGGGCAGGUGUCCAUAAUGUGCUACCUGCGGGCGCUGGACAGGUGUUUUCAAUUAUACACUGAGAAAGCGAGCAAACAGUCGGUGAGCGCCGGUAUCGACACCUUUGACGGCAUCUUAUUUCACUCGCCAUAUAGUAAACUCGACACUUAUAAUGAUAGAGAUUUGAAGGAACUCCUAACAACUAUCAGUAAACCUAUGUUUGACCAGAAAACUAAUCCGAGUCUUAUGCUGACCCGUGUGGUCGGCAACAUGUAUACGGCGUCCCUCUAUGCGAGUCUCAUAUCAUACCUAAUCAGUGAACUGGUAGAUAGUUUGACAAAUAGGAGACUCCUAUUGUUCUCGUACGGCUCCGGUAUGGCCUCAUCCAUGUUCUCGGCCCGACUCAGCCAAGACCUCAAAGUUGUGUCCAAACUGGUGGCCGGAAUCGUCGACAUUCCCGACCGACUCCGCGCUCGCCAUCGAGUGUCGCCUCAAGUGUUUGAAGGCAUACUGAAUGGUCGAGAAUCGGCCUAUAAUAUGGACCGAUAUGUCCCCACCGGACCCAUACAUCAGCUCAUGAAAGGCACGUUUUACUUGAAGUCUAUCGUUGGAAAGUAUCAACGAUUUUAUGAAACCGUUUGA